AUGAACAACCAGACUACUGCAACAGAGUUCCUUCUUAUGGCAUUUUCUGAUGAUCGUGAUGUGCAGGUUUUGCAUUCUGUGGUGUUCCUCUUCAUUUACUUAACAGCCUUAGUGGGGAAUUUUCUCAUCGUGACUACUGUGGCCUUAGACCACCACCUACACAGCCCCAUGUAUUUCUUUUUGACAAGCUUGUCAUUUUUAGAUGUUUGCUAUAUCUCUACUACUGUACCCAAAUCCAUAGCCAUUUCACUGACAAACAACAAACUGAUUUCUUUCGCUGGAUGUGUCACACAGGUCUUCUUAGUGAUCACAUUUGCUGGAACUGAGAUUGCCUUGCUCACAGUCAUGGCUUACGACCGUUACAUAGCAAUCUGCUACCCACUACAAUAUCGUCUAAUCAUGAACUGGGAGGCCUGCAUCCAAAUGGCAGCUGCUUCCUGGCUGAGCAGCAUGGUUAAUGCAUUAUUGGAAACCACGGUCACGUUUAGAUUAAGCUUCUGCCACUCCAAUAUUAUUGGGCAGUUUUUCUGUGAUUUGCCUCAGUUACAAAAGAUUUCUUGCAGCGAUACUAAAGUUAGUGAAGUUUUGCCAUUUGUCAUUGGGCUCAUUGUGGCCUCCUUUUGUAUUGUGUUCAUCUUUGUUUCUUAUGGCUUCAUCUUCUCAGUUGUGCUGAGGAUUCCAUCAGCUCAAGGCAGGUAUAAAGCUUUCUCUACCUGCACUCCCCACCUGACAGUCUUUUCUUUAUUUAUAAUAACAGCUGUGUUUUCGACCUUGAGACCUAAAUCCCUUUCCUCCCCUGCUGUGGACUUGGUUUCUGCUGUAUUGUAUACAGUGUUGCCACCGGUUCUGAAUCCCAUCAUUUACAGCUUCAGAAACAAGGACAUACAGAAUGCAGUGUGGCUAAUACCUAAAAAAAUUAAAAGUCUCAUUGCAUAA